UCCCGCCCUCAUUUCAUACAGACGCAAGUUGCACUUCGACAUAGCGAUUCCUGGAAGACUCUAGUCUUCCAUCAGCGCUAUACAUACACUCGAUAACAAUUUAACUUCUUUUCUUUUUUCUUUCACUACUGUGCUUUACUUCUUUACACAAAAAUGAAAUCCAUGAUCGUAGUAGCUUGCUUGGCGUUGGCGUGCGGUGCCCACGCAUCCGGCUGGGCCGGCCCACCCGCCAACAUUGCCCUGUCACAAGAUGGACGCAACAUCCUCGACACACCCGAGGUAGCGCAAGCCCGGGCAGCCCAUCUCUCAGCGUUACAACAGGCCUCACAAAACAACCCCAACCCCCAGGAUGAUGGCUCAUACGACCCUCGGUGGGACAACGAAGAGUACUGGCAACAGGCUGACCAGAAAUGGAACGGUCCCCAAGCCAACCAAUGGAACGCUGCCCCCGCCAACCAAUGGAACGGUGCUCCCGCUCACCAAUGGAACGCUGCCCCUGCUGCCCCAUCUUGGAACGCCGCUCCUUCCUGGAACGCCGCUGGUGCACCCGCUCCCGUCGCUGAGACCCCCGAAGUAGCGCAAGCGCGCGCCGCUCACCUCGCCGCCCUCUCCGCCGCCAACGCCGCUCCCGCUCAGCCUCAGUGGAACGCCCCAGCUCAAAACCAAUGGAAUGCCCCCGCCCACAACCAGUGGAACAACAACAACGGUGGUCACUGGCAAGGACCUCCCGCUCAGAUCAGAUUGGCCCAAAACGGAGCUGGUAUCUUGGAAACCCCUGAAGUAGCUGCCGCGCGCGCCGCCCACUUAGCGGCUCACUCGCAAGUAGCGCACAACGCUCCUGCCCACGCGCCCCAGCAACACUGGUGAAGCCCUUCUUCCUUCUUUCCUGGGUACUUGGACACCUCUAGCACGUCACCCGCGUUCCCGGUGACCGCGAGCAUAUGACGUCCUAGAGAGACGUCGGGAUACCUUUCCUUUCCCUUCGAUCUCCUCUUCGUUUAGGAAAUCUUCAAAGUGCAAGUGCGUCAGCCUAUCCCUUCCUAUGGCUUUUUGUUACUUUUUUUAGAAAUUCUCUCUUAAACGGACUAUUAUUUG